CUGGAAGGCUUAUAAAUUAUUCCACUCCCUUAUCAUUGGAAGUCGAAUCUUACUUAUCUCGCUCGUGCUUCUUCGUCUUCCUCCUCCCUCUUCAUGGACGUGGAGGUAGGCGGCGACGGCGAAAGUCCGGCGACCGGGAAAUGUUUUGCUCGGUGUCUUCCCCGGGAGACCAGCAAUUCCAGUUUCCGCAGAGAUUUUAUUCUGGCUUAUAAGACACUGGGAGUUGUGUUUGGUGGCCUCGUCACAUCUCCUCUCUAUGUUUAUCCCUCCAUGAACUUAGAAUCCCCUACAGAAGAAGAUUAUUUGGGAAUUUACAGUAUCAUGUUCUGGACACUGACUUUAAUUGGGGUGGUGAAGUACAUUUGUAUUGCUCUGAAUGCUGACGAUAAUGGUGAAGGUGGCACUUUUGCUCUCUAUUCCCUACUUUGUAAGCACAUUAACAUUGGCAGCUCUCUUCAAUCAAAGAGUGUCAAUUCAAGGACAAUAUUUUCUUAUUCUGAUGGAGCUAUGGUAACAGAAACAAGAAAUAAACUCGGAAAGUUUUUAGAGAAAAAUAUAAUAGCACAAAGGAUUGUGCUGUUCAUAGCAAUGUCAGGAGUCUGCAUGCUUAUUGGUGAUGGCAUACUUACACCAGCUAUUUCAGUUCUAUCAGCAAUUGAGGGACUUCGAGGUCCUUUCCCUUCAGUAAGCAAAGUCGUUGUGGAGGGUCUUUCUGUUGCUGUGUUGCUUGCUCUUUUCCUCUUGCAAAAGCAUGGCACUUCCCGAGUGAGUUUUCUAUUUUCUCCAAUCAUGGGUGCCUGGACCUUUACUACUCCCAUAAUAGGCCUAUAUAGCCUAUUAAAGUACUAUCCAAGCAUAUUCAAAGCCUUAUCACCUCAUUACAUUGUACAUUUCUUUCUGAGAAAUAAAAGCAAAGGUUGGCAAUUACUUGGGGGUACCAUCUUGUGUAUUACAGGUGCUGAAGCAAUGUUUGCUGAUCUAGGCCAUUUCAAUAAAAGGUCAAUUCAGAUGGCCUUUCUCUUGACAAUAUAUCCUUCAUUGAUCCUCACAUAUGCCGGCCAAACUGCAUAUCUCAUCCGACAUCUAAAUGAUCACAGUGAUGGAUUCUAUAAAUUUGUUCCACACGUUGUGUACUGGCCCAUGUUUAUCAUUGCAACACUUGCAGCAAUUGUUGCAAGCCAAUCCUUAAUAUCUGCCUCCUUCUCUGUCAUCAAGCAGUCACUGCAACUGGAUUACUUUCCUCGUGUAAGGAUAAUCCAUACAUCCCAAAACAAAGAAGGCGAGGUCUAUUCUCCUGAAACUAACUACAUCCUCAUGGUUCUAUGUGUACUGAUCAUUCUUUAUUUUGGAGAUGGAAAAGAUAUAGGGAAUGCCUUCGGUGUUGUGGUUAUACUUGUCAUGCUCAUCACAACAAUAUUGUUAACAAUAGUGAUGAUCAUAAUCUGGAGAACUCCAAUCAUUAUUGCCAUGUUGUAUUUUGUUCCAUUUUUCAUCAUGGAAGGAGUUUAUACAAGCGCUGUAUUCACAAAGAUCCCACAAGGUGGAUGGAUUCCUUUUGUCAUUUCCAUCAUUCUUGCAUCUGUAAUGUUUUCAUGGCACUAUGGAAGGCAGAGAAAGUUAGAAUAUGAGAUGAAAAACAAAAUCCCUAUAGAUUGCCUUAAUGAGCUCUUAUCAAGACCAGAAAUCCAAAGAGUUGCAGGCAUUUGCUUCUUCUAUAACAAGAUAGAAGAUGGGAUUACACCGUUAUUUGGGCAUUAUUUGAAGACCAUGAGAUCCUUGCAUAAGGUGACGAUCUUUAUCACUCUUAGAUAUAUGUUAGUUGCUAAAGUGGAUUCUAACGAAAGAAUUAUCAUAAGAAAGCUUGGGAUUGAUGGAGUAUAUGAGUGUGUAAUUCAUUGUGGGUUUGCUGAUUCUAUUUCUUUGGAAAGAGAUCAUUUUUUCACUGAAAUUAGAGAUAGUUUGGAACAACAUAUCAAGAUGAACAGUGGUGAGUUUUCUCGUCAUAUCGAAGAGGAAAAUUCUGAGUUGGAAAACGCAAAGAAAGAUGGAGUUGUUCAUGUUAGGGGAAAGGCUAAUUUUCAUAUAAGUAAAAGCACCAGCUUAUUUGAUAAGAUUUUACUUGGAUUCUAUCAGUUCUUACAUGGCAAUUGUAGAUCUGCAUUGCCAAAUAUGGGCAUUCCCCUUCAUCAGAGAGUGGAAUUUGGUAUGUUGUAUGAGACAUGAAUGGCAUUUUAGAGGCUAAUGCAAGCACUAGUAAUUCUCAUCCAGCUUCAUUCAUAUUGGAGUGUUUCUAUUGUAAGCAAGAACGACUUGUACUUUCUUGGCCAUGUGGCUUCCACCUUGUCACAUUUUUGUAAUUAGCCUCUUGUAUCAAAUCCUAUAUAUAGUGGCUGAUAUAAUGAGAUUGAAGCUUUUCCUGAA